AUGGUGCCCAGAACAUUCCAGCAGCAGUACGCCUCAGUGGGAGGGCCUGCCUGCACAGCGGGCUCCCGCCUGGGCUCUGGGGGGCCAGUGCUGGGCUCCCCUGCCUGGAGCCGUGCUGGGGGAAGGGGCUGGGCAGCGAUGCUCACGCUGUCCUACCUGAUCGCCCGCUCUGCGGGCUCCGUCUGGCGGGCCUCCAGGUGGCAUCGUCAGGGGGCGGCCCCACUGAGCUCCUCGGACGUCCCUCAGCUUCGGCCUCUGUUUCCCCACCUGGCAGCGGUCUGUCUGAGUCAGACGGGCCUGCGGCGCUGCUACUGUGGUUCUGCUUCUAGCCUGGGGCUCCUGGGAGACGUGGCUGUGGCUCAGGAAUGUGAGGGGGCUUCCUCCGACGCCGUGACCCUGAAGCGACUGGCCGUGGGUGCCCCCACCCCAGGGCGAAGGCUGCUGAGAGCCCGGGAGCUCACCGCAUGUGUCGCCUGCUCGGCCCAGGAGUUUGAGAAUGCCGAGGGGGAAGAGUACGCGGCCGACUUCUCGGCACAGGGCUCCCCGGCGGCAGCGGCUCAGAACGGGCCCGACGUGUACGUCCUGCCACUCACCGAGGUCUCCCUGCCCAUGGCCAAGCAGCCUGGGCGGUCAGUGCAGCUGCUCAAGUCCACAGACCUGGGCCGGCAUAGCCUCCUGUACUUGGAAGAGAUAGGCCACGGCUGGUUCGGGAAGGUGUUCCUUGGGGAGGUGAACUCGGGCAUUAGCAGCACCCAGGUGGUGGUGAAGGAGCUGAAGGCGAGUGCCAGCGUGCAGGAGCAGAUGCAGUUCCUGGAGGAGGCGCAGCCUUACAGGGCCCUGCAGCACAGCAACCUGCUCCAGUGCCUGGCCCAGUGUGCCGAGGUGACGCCCUACCUGUUGGUGAUGGAGUUCUGCCCGAUGGGGGACCUCAAGGGCUACCUGCGGAGCUGUCGGCUGGCAGAGUCCAUGGCCCCCGACCCCCUGACCCUGCAGCGCAUGGCCUGUGAGGUGGCCUGUGGCGUCCUGCACCUGCAUCGCAACAACUAUGUGCACAGUGACCUGGCCCUGAGGAACUGCCUGCUCACGGCCGACCUGACGGUGAAGAUUGGCGACUAUGGCCUGUCUCACGGCAAAUACAGGGAGGACUACUUCGUGACGGCCGACCAGCUGUGGGUGCCGCUGCGCUGGAUCGCGCCCGAGCUGGUGGACGAGGUGCACUGCAACCUGCUGGUGGUGGACCAGACCAAGGCCAGCAACGUGUGGUCCCUGGGCGUGACCAUCUGGGAGCUCUUUGAGCUGGGAGCGCAGCCCUACCCCCACCACUCCGACCGGCAAGUGCUGGCCUACGCUGUCCGGGAGCAGCAGCUCAAGCUGCCCAAGCCCCAGCUGCAGCUGACCCUCUCUGACCGCUGGUAUGAGGUGAUGCAGUUCUGCUGGCUGCAGCCUGAGCAGCGGCCGACGGCUGAGGAGGUGCACCUGCUGUUGUCCUACCUGUGCGCCAAAGGUGCCACCGAGGCUGAGGAGGAAUUUGAGCGGCGCUGGCGCUCACUGCGGCCCGGCGGGGGCGGCACGGGUCCCGGGCUGGGGGCAACAGGCCUGGCACUGGGGGGCAUGGGCGGCGAGCUGGCUGCCACCUCAUCCUUCCCACUGCUGGAGCAGUUCGCUGGCGACAGCUUCCACGCGGACGGCGACGACGUGCUGACGGUGACUGAGACGAGCCGCGGCCUCAACUUCGAGUACAAGUGGGAAGUGGGCCGCAGCGCCGAGGCCUUCCCGCCGCCUGAGGGCGCACUGAGUCCGGGCCGAGCCGCGCGUCUGCAGGAGCUCUGCGUCCCUGACGGCGCCCCCCCGGGCGUGGUGCCGGUGCUCAGCGCUCACAGCCCCUCGGUGGGCAGCGAGUACUUCAUCCGCCUGGAAGACCCUGCGCCUGCUGCCGGCCAUGACCCCGACUGCGCCGGCUGUGCCCCCAGCAUGCUCGCCGCCGCCCUGUGCCCCGAUGGCAGUGACCACGAUGACGACUCCGAUGGCAGCGCGGCCGCCUCACUGGUCAUGGAGCCGCUGCUGGGCCACGCGCCACCCGCCGAUGGCCCCUGGAGCCACUGCGACUACCACCCGUGCAGCAGCCACACCCGCGAUCUGCCCUGCGCCUCACGCUCUCCCUCACCGGAGACCCCGAUGCUGGCGCAGUCUGGAGCAGAGGAUAUUGACUGGGGCCUGGGGGCCUUCUGCCCGCCCUUCUUUGAGGACCCGCUGGGCACCUCCCCCUCUGGGAGCUCCGGGGCCCAGCCGUCCCCAGGUGGGGAGGAGCUGGGGGAGGCUGAGGCGCCCAGGGCCGCCCAGCACGGACACUGGAGCUCCAAUGUGUCUGCCAACAACAACAGCGGAAGCCGAGCCCCAGAAUCCUGGGUCCCGGGCCUCUCGGGCUACAUGGACUGCUGCCCUGGCGUGAAGCAGACCCUCCGGGCCGUCCCUGAGUUGAGCCAUCCUCUGACUCCAGGGGAUCCCAGAGAGCCUCUCCUUGGGCCAAAGGAGGCCCCCUCUGGUCAGGAGCUGGGCCGCUGCCUUGGCCUCCCCCACCUGUAUCCUGCUGAGGGGCUGACACCUGCCCCCUGCCUGGUCACAUCUUCCUGGACAGAGGCAGCCAUAAGUGGGGGUGACAGCCCCCAGGUAGAGCCCAGGCUUGCAGAGGAGGCCGAGGGCUCUGCUGGACUUCAGCUGCCCCUUCCCUCCAUCCCGUCCCCAUCCCAAGAGGGAGCCCCACUUCCCGCCGAGGAGGCCAGCACCCCGCCCACCCUGCCUGCCUCACCCACGCCCACUGGCAGCCAGGCGCCUGCCAUCGAGCCAGCCCAGACUCUGGACAGUGACAGUGGCAGCAGCUCCCUUGAGCUGGAGGCGCCAGGCAGUGAAGACGAGGACACGACUGAGGCCACGUCUGGUGUCUUCACUGACUUGUCCAGUGACGGCCCGCAGGCUGAGAAACCAGAUGUGACACCAGCCUUGCGCUCCCUGCAGAAGCAGGUGGGAACCCCUGACUCCCUGGACUCCUUGGACAUCCCAUCCUCAGCCAGCGAUGGUGGCUGUGAGGUCUUCAGCCCAUCAGCUGUUGGCACCCCUGGUGGGCAGCCCCGAGCCCUGGACAGCGGCUAUGACACGGAGAACUACGAGUCCCCCGAGUUUGUCCUCAAGGAGGCGCACGAGCCCUGUGAGCCUGCAGCCUUUGGGGAGCCGGCCUCAGAGGGUGAGAGCCCAGGGCCUGAGACUCGGCUCUCCACUUCCCUUGGUGGCCUCAGCGAGAAGAAUCCCUACCGUGACUCUGCUUACUUCUCAGACCUGGACACAGAGCCAGAGCCCCCCUUGGGCCCCAAGGAGAAGAAAAGAGGUGUGCCAGAACCUGAGCUGGAGAGCCCGAAGAGCCCCAGGCUGCAGUCUGCACAGCCCGCCCCUGAGUUGGGGAUGCCUGGAGAAGAUCAGGGCGCUGGCCCCGGGGAGGUGCCGCCACUGCCACUGUCUGAGGACUCUUCCCCAGAGCCGAGUGCCUGCCCCUCAGGCCCCAGGCUGGAGCCUUCCUGGCCCCAAGACCCAGCCCAGGUGCCACCCAUGCCCAACCCCGGGAGUUCUAAGAUUUUCCUGCUGACUCCAGUCCGGCCAAGCUCAGAAAGCCACCGCCCUGAGCUCCAGGAGACCCUGGGACUGCUGUCAGGGUCGGGCCUGCAGGAACGGACAGGGGGCCCAGGUGCCCCCAGAACCCCACUCUGCCUGGCCCUGCCGGGACUCCCCACGGCUCCGGAGGGGCGGCCGGAGGAGGAGGAGGAGGACAGCGAGGACAGCGACGAGUCGGACGAGGAGCUCCGCUGCUACAGCAUCCAGGAGCCGAGCGAGGAGAGCGAGGAGGAGGCACUGCCCGUGCCAGUGGUGGUGGCGGAGAGCCAGAGCGCGCGCAACCUGCGCAGUCUGCUUAAGAUGCCCAGCCUGCUGUCCGAGGCCUUCUGCGAGGACCUGGAACGCAAGAAGAAAGCCGUGUCCUUCUUUGACGACGUCACCGUCUACCUCUUUGACCAGGAAAGCCCCACCCGGGAGCUUGGGGAGCCCUUCCCCGGCGCCAAGGAGUCGUCCCCCACAUUCCCGGCGGGCAGCCCAGGCUCCCCCAUCGCCCCCGGCCGGCCACGGCGGGCUGACCGUCCCCCCGACUGCCCCGCGGCCGAAGAGGGUGGAAGGUUCCAGUGGGACGAUGGCCUCCUGCUGACGCCAGCCCAGGAGCCCGCCCCGCGAGUCCUCGCCGCUCCCCCCAAGCCCCCCGCGCCCAGCCCCUUCUCGCGCUUCACUGUCUCACCAGCGCCUGCGUCCCGCUUCUCCAUCACGCACGUCUCCGACUCGGACUCCGGGUCCGUGGCAGGUGAGGCUGCGGCGGGGCUGGCGGGAGGGGACACUGAGUCGGGACAGUGGUGA